CUACUAUAAACGGUCAGUUUACUUAAUCCUCACGUUUUUCUCUCUGAUUGGUCGCUUUGACUUCGUUUUGUACUAGUAGCGACUCGGAUCUCUCUUCCCAAAAUUGCUCCAACUACUUGUUGUAGGCGACAUCCGACUUCUGUCGGUUCGUUUUCCAUCCCAUCCUUUGCUAUCUUCUCGUUCUUGAAUUCAAAGCCCUUUUUACGAUGGUCCUCCCUUUAUAUUGUCGUACAAGAAAGUUCGAAAUCUCGACGGUUUCCUUUGUUUCUUUGUUACAUGCAUGGGUGACUACCUAUAAAGAUGGAGCUUACAAGUCGCCUCUACAAUAUGCCGCCUGAAUAUUACGCUGUCUCUAUCGAGUUUGGUGAUCCAAACUCAACAACUUUUGUCGUGCUUCCUUCCUUGCACUUCAGUGCCCGUUCGAUCCAACUCAGGACCAGGGAAUCGGUAGGGCAGGCUUUACCUGGUCGCGUAACAACACUUGCUGGUCAUGGCAGUGGCGCUGAAAACAAAGCAAGGUUGUCUGGAACAUCCAUCGCCAAUCUUCUAGAGACCAUGGCUCCUAUACGAGUGGUGCAAGCAGAUACUGAGGGAAACGUUUUUUACAAAGCGGAGAUUGAGACGCAAACGAUUCCUGACACGGUCAUGGACAGACUAAUUGGUUCUUCUUCCAAUUCCUUGAACGACUUGUCCUCCAACGCUGCCACCCAUCAACGUCAGGACGACCUCACUCGAUCCACGAAUAUGCCUGAAAACAUCGUGGCCCAAGUGAUUGCGCCACUUGCAAUGGAAGAACCUGAGGUUAAGACUGAGCCAGAAUCCAUUUCUUCGGCUAUUCGGCAUCGACGUCAAGCACUUCGUCGAAGCCCAUACCCAAUUCGAUCUAAAGGUCAUUUGCCAACGUCAGAUCCUUCGGAAAGUCCAAGCUCAUCAGCUACGACCGAUACAUCUCUUUUUGAACUCGAAUACACGCAUUCGUCUUCAUGUGCCUUUGGCUAUAAUCUCUGCGAUUACCGGCAGCGAAAGGUUAUCAACAAAAACGCCACCACGUCGUGGUAUACUUAUUGUACUCCAGGCCCCCUCGAUAGCCCUCCCGAGUUUCCUCCUAAUUCCAUGCGGCUUGAACACAAUGUCAUUUUCUUGCACAUAAAUGAAGCGGAGAGGGCGAAACUAAAUGAAGGACAGCUCUCCAAAUUGCUCAAGUAUUGUGUCCGCAUGUGGAUCUGGAAUGGAGAUUCCUUACGUUGGGAGAGGAUUUAUUUUGGUGAACGCCGUGUCGUUGGGGAUGGCUAUGAACUUGCCAUUGCUCUCAGAUACCGCAAGGGUAUAUCUCCCGAAUGGGUUACCCCGAAAGCAAUGAAAAGAAUCUUGAAGGCUUUGCGUUAACUCUUACAAUCGUAAUCACGAAUAUGUAAUAAUGGUAGCCUCUCGCAACAUCACUUUUACUCGGCCACCAUUUAAACAUACUAUGAAUUGGCAAAGAGCCCCUACUUGCGACAACACG